CGCUUUGAUCCGGCUAGCUUGACGUUAGUGGAAGUGUAUGGCUAGACUGCUGAUUACGGAAAUAACUGCUUAGCCAGAAUCAAAUAAAUAAAGGAUUAAUAUCGACUCACCACCUGUGUAAGCCCGUAACACUGUCCACUAUGUCCCGGCAAUCCAACCGAACAACAGACAGCAAGAAGAUGAACUCUGAGCUGUUCACUCUGACUUACGGGGCGCUGGUCACCCAGCUCUGUAAAGACUACGAGAAUGACGAGGAAGUGAACAAACAACUGGACAAGAUGGGUUAUAACAUCGGAGUGCGUCUCAUCGAGGACUUCCUGGCUCGCUCCAGUAUCGGCAGGUGUCAGGAUUUCCGAGAAACAGCCGAUGUCAUUGCUAAGGUUGCGUUUAAGAUGUACCUGGGAGUCACUCCCAGCGUGACCAACUGGAGCCCAGCAGGAGAUGAGUUCUCCCUCAUCCUUGAGAACAACCCACUGGUGGACUUCGUGGAGCUGCCGGACAACCACAGCACACUCAUCUACUCCAACCUGCUGUGUGGGGUCCUCAGAGGAGCCCUGGAGAUGGUCCAGAUGGCUGUGGAUGUGAGAUUUGUUCAGGACACGCUGAGAGGGGACAACGUAACGGAAAUCCGCAUGAAGUUCAUCAAGAGGAUCGAGGAGAACCUCCCGGCAGGAGACGAGUGAUGGAAAGACAGCUUCCCUCAUCCUGUUGUCUCAUUCAGGGAGGACUGAGUCACGAAUGGAACAACACCGUCACACACAGACUGAAAGGACGAAUGAUCUCAGAACAUCGAGAUGAGCAGCUUAUCUCGACAGUCUGAAGGACGUUACUUUGCAACCUCAGUUUCUGGUUUCUUCAUCUACCGUGUUUUCCUUUUCUGUAUGAUUGGGGAAGAAUGCUUGGAAUAAGAAGUGACUGUUGAGUCUCCCAGAGGAAAGAAAGACUGUACACUAUUGAAACACAACUUGAUAACAUGGCUCUGUUGAGAAGAAGAGGUUGCUUCUGACCAUUUAUCUGUUGCCAUCCCUCAUGAAAAGCCCCUUUUUAUUAUCUGUUAUCUAAAUAGUAGAAUGAUGUCUUUUCAUUUUGCCAUGUGUGAACUUUUUGUUUGGUCUAAGGCUGGAAAACCUUACAUCAUAGCGUUUGUCUUGUUUUUUUUUUUUUGUUUUUUUUUUAAAGGAAAUCACACUCUAUAUCGCUGCCAAUUAUCUGGCAUGUUAAUUUAUGUGGAUGGAUAUGUCAAAUAAACGCGGCAUAUUUAAUAUGA